ACUCCUUAAUUUACAAAUAAUAUAGUGAUGUUCAUUUCCAAAUAAUAAAGUAUCACAAAGCCAAGCCUCCUCUUCUCCCUCUUCAAUCGCCAUGCUCCCUGUCUCCCGCUGCUGUCUCUCAAAUCGAUUGCCGGUCUCAGUUUCUGUGUUCCUUCCUUCGAUCUAAUUACCGGUUGUACCGGAAAUACGGUACAACCGGCGGUAAGGUAAAAUUUGCGGCGGCAAGGCGAUUCAACAGCCGGAAUGUACUCUCCCAUCUGGAAAUAGUCGCAAGCAGAAGCUCAGAACCAAGAUAGAGUAGCUUAGUUCAAUCAGCUAUAUGCAAGGUACUGAUGGCAGAAGAGGAAGCAUUCGAGGAAGUGCCCAUGAGCAAUGCUCUUAGCAAGAAGUUGAGAAACAAGCUUCAGAGCAUCAAUGAAGAGGAUGUCAGCUCUCCAAUUGAAGCUAAGGAAAUGUUUAGACGACGCGUUAAUCGAGUACUAAUGGCUUUCGAUGUGAAUAAACGACUAGAUAUUAGCAAUGAGGGGCAUUACAUUGCCAAGGUUGUCAGAAAAAGGGUCAGAAUGCAAGCUCUAGAGAACCAAGAAGCAGAAGCCGAAGCACUUAGGGCUCAGCUAGAAAAGCGUCAGGCUGAGCUACAAGAAAAGGCUAGAAAUGAAUUUAGUGCUCCUCCACAGAACCAAGAAGCAGAAGCAGAAGCAGAAACACUUAGGGCUCAGCUAGAAAAGCGACAGGCUGAGCUACAAGAAAAGGCUGGAAAUUAAUUUAGGGCUCCUCCACAGAACCAAGAAGCAGAAGUAGAAGUAGUAGCACUUAGGGCUCAGCUAGCAACGCAUCAGGCUGAGCUACAAGAAAAGGCUACAAAUGAAUUUAGUGCUGCUGCACAGAACCAUGAAACUGAAGCACUUAGGGCUGAGCUAGCAAAGGGUCAGGCCGAGGAGCAAGAAAAUGCUACAAAUGAA